AUGGCCAAGAUUCUUUUGGAAAACUACUGUCUCCCUGAGAACCUGGUUGGGAUGCAAGAAGCCAUCCAGCAAGCUAUCAACAGUGGAGAAAUCCUGCAGAUUUCAGACAGGAAGACCCUGGCGGCUGUGCUCACAGUGGGAGUACAAGGAGCCCUGAAUGAUCCACGACUGACUGUGUCAUACGAGCCCAAUUACGUUCAAGUCAUGCCACCGAUGCUCCCAUCGCUUCCGAAAGAACAACUGAUCCGGCUGGUGAGAAACUCUGUUAAAGUAGAUAUUUUGGAAAACAACGUUGGCUAUUUGCGGAUGGAUCAGAUCAUUGGGGAAAAGACAGCAGCAAAGCUGGGAUCUCUGUGGCGGGAUGUCAUCUGGGACAAAAUUGCUCAAACAUCCUCACUAAUCUUUGACCUGAGGUACAGCACAGCUGGAGAGUUAUCUGGCGUUCCUUUCAUAAUCUCCUAUUUCUCAGAUCCUGAGCCCCUUAUUCAUAUUGACACGGUAUAUGACAGACCCUCAAACACAACCAAGGAGCUGUGGACUAUGCUUUCAAUAACAGGAGACCGAUAUGGAAAGAAGAAGGAUGUUAUUAUUUUAACCAGCAGGCGCACCAUUGGAGCUGCUGAGGCGGUGGCAUAUACAAUGAAAAAUCUUAAGAGGACCAUAACAGUGGGAGAAAGGUCUGCUGGUGGGUCAGUAAAAGUCCAAAAGAUUAGAAUUGCUCAGUCAGACUUUUACAUAACAGUUCCUGUUGCAAGAUCUGUCAAUCCAAUCACAGGCCAAAGCUGGGAAGUGAGUGGCGUUUCCCCAACAGUCAACACCAUUGCCAAGGAAGCUGUUGCAAAAGCCAAGUCGCUUCUGGCUGUCAGGAAAGCUAUUCCAAAAGUUGUGCAAAGCAUCUCUGACAUAAUCAAGAGGUUUUAUGCUUUCACUGACAGAGUUCCGGCACUUCUACAACAUUUGGAAGAAACAGAUUUAUUUUCUGUAGUAUCUGAGGAGGACCUAGCAUUCAGACUCAACCAGAACCUUCAAACUGUUACUGAAGAUCCACGACUGAUCAUCAGAUACAUGCAUGACAAUGCUGCCAUUGUAGAAGAGGAUUCUAAGCUUUACAAAGUACCAGGCAGUCUGGACUUACUGAAGGCCCACAUUGAUAAAGAGUUUAAAGUGGAAAUUCUCCCAGGUAAUAUUGGUUAUGUCCGCUUUGACGUGCUAGUAGAAACACUUGCAAUGGCUAAACUAGAAGAGCUUAUGGCUCAGAAGGUGUGGGAACCCCUCAAAGAUACUAAUAACCUCAUUAUCGAUCUGCGCUAUAACACAGGUGGAUCCUCCAACUCUCUUGCACUGGUACUGUCUUAUCUACACGACCUUUCCCAGAACCAUUAUUUUUUCACUAUAUAUGACCGAAUUCAGAACACAACAACCGAACAUGACUCUCUGGACAAAAUCACGGGUCCAAGUUACGGUUCCAAGCGUUGUGUUUACGUCUUAACCAGCUACUUCACUGCAAGCACUGGGGAAGAGCUCGCUUACCUGAUACAGUCCUUACAUCGUGGCACAGUGAUUGGGGAAAUUACAUCUGGUUACCUGAUGCACUCAAAGACCUUUCAAAUAGAAGGAACAGAAAUCGCCAUAACCGUCCCUUUUAUAAACUUUAUAGACAACAAUGGGGAAUGCUGGCUGGGAGGCGGUGUGGUCCCUGAUGCCAUUGUGCUGGCUGAGGAAGCUGUGAAUCAUGUUUAUGAAAUUGCAGAGUUUCACAAAGGUCUCCAAUCUCUCAUAGAGGAGGUUGGGGAGCUGUUAGAAAAACAUUACGCCAUCCAUGAAGUUGGCCUACAAGUUGGUAAAGUGCUGUUAAGUAAAUGGGCUGAGGGAUUAUACCGAUCAGUGGUUGACUUUGAGUCUCUGGCAUCACAGUUAACAGCAGAUCUACAUGAUAGUUCAGGUGAUCACCGUCUUCAUGUCUUCUACUGCGAUGUUGAGCCUGAGUCACCUCAUGACUUUCCUAAGAUUCCUACAGCAGAAGAGGCUGGAUUUAUUAUCGAUGCUCUGUUCAAAAUUGAGGUGUUGCCGAGGAAUGUUGGCUAUCUGAGGUUUGACAUGAUGGCGGACAUAGCGGUGGUUAAAGCCAUCGGGCCUCAGCUUAUAAAAUUAGUGUGGAACAAGAUAGUAAACACUGAUGCCCUAAUUAUAGACAUGAGAUACAACACUGGUGGUUAUUCAACAGCAAUUCCUCUCUUGUGCAGUUAUUUCUUUGAUGCUGAGCCUCUUCAGCAUCUUUACACAGUUUUCGACCGCACAACCAACACCAUGACUGAAGUCAUGACAUUGCCUCACAUAAGGGGUCAAAGAUACGGGUCAUCCAAAGGUCUCUUCAUCCUUACAAGUCAUAUGACUGGGUCAGCAGCUGAAGUAUUCACUCGCACCAUGAAAGACCUGAAUCGGGCCACAGUUAUUGGGGAGCCGACAAUUGGAGGGUCUUUGUCUAGUGGAACCUAUCAAAUCGGGGACAGCAUCUUGUACGCGUCCAUCCCUAACCAGGUUGUUUUAAGUGCUAAAACUGGGAAAGUGUGGAGUUUUUCAGGGGUGGAGCCUAAUGUUAUUGCCCAGGCAAAUGAAGCUCUUCAAGUAGCACAGAAGAUCAUAGCAGGACGACUGAAGAAAGAGUAA